AUGGAAAAAAAGGUUCUGAGGCUUGGUCGCAAGGGUAAGCUGAGCCCUCGGUUUAUUGGGCCGUACCAAAUUUUGAAGCAAGUAGGGCCAGUCACAUAUCAAUUAGAGCUACCUCCAGAGUUAGACCGUAAACAUGAUGUGUUCUAUGUCUCGAUGUUGAGAUGCUACUGCUCUGAUCCUACGUACGUUGUGCCUGUGGAGGAGAUUGAGAUUAGACCAGAUCUGAUGUUCGAGGAGGAGUCUGUUCAGAUUCUAGAUCGCGACAUUAAGGUCUUACGUAGGAAGUCCAUUCCCUUGGUGAAGGUGCUGUGGCGGAAUCAUAGCACUGAGGAGGCUACUUGGGAGCUAGAGGAUUCGAUGCGACAGCAGUAUCCUCACCUUUUUUGA